AUGGCCGACACCAUGAUCAAGCCCGAAGAGCCCCAUAAUGCUGGCACCAUUGAGUUGAAGGAUAACACCGUGAUCGUUGUCCUCGGAGCUUCUGGAGAUCUGGCAAAGAAGAAGACGUUCCCAGCACUAUUCGGCCUUUACCGCAACCAAUUCCUACCAAAAGACAUCAAGAUCGUCGGAUAUGCGCGAACGAAGAUGGACCAUGAGGAAUACCUCAAGCGGGUUAAGUCUUAUAUCAAGACGCCAACGAAGGAUAUGGAGCAGCAACUGCAAGAUUUCUGCAGCGUCUGCACAUACGUAUCUGGACAAUACGACAAGGACGAGUCGUUUGUGGAAUUGGAGAAACAUAUGGCGGAGCUUGAGAAAGGCCGAAAGGAAGCCAACCGGAUCUUCUACAUGGCGUUGCCACCCAGCGUUUUCACUACGGUUUCCCAGCAUUUGAAGAAAAAUUGCUAUCCCACGAAUGGUAUUGCCAGAAUUAUCGUCGAGAAGCCGUUCGGAAAAGAUCUUGCAAGCUCGCGAGAGUUGCAGAAGGCUCUGGAGCCAAACUGGCACGAAGACGAGAUUUUCCGUAUUGAUCAUUAUCUCGGAAAGGAGAUGGUCAAGAACAUUUUGAUCCUGAGAUUUGGAAAUGAAUUCUUUGGAGCCACAUGGAACCGCAAUCACAUUGACAAUGUCCAGAUCUCUUUCAAGGAACCGUUCGGAACAGAGGGACGAGGUGGUUACUUCGACGAAUUUGGAAUCAUCCGAGAUGUUAUGCAGAACCAUCUGCUCCAAGUCCUGACUCUGCUUGCCAUGGAAAGACCAAUCUCUUUCUCUGCAGAAGAUGUUCGUGAUGAGAAGGUCCGAGUUCUUAGAGGAAUUCCAGCAAUUGAACCAAAGAAUGUCAUCAUUGGCCAAUACGGCAAAUCGCUCGACGGUAACAAGCCAUCGUACAAAGAGGAUGAUACUGUUCCUAAGGAUUCGAGAUGUCCCACAUUCUGUGCUAUGGUGGCAUUCAUCAAGAAUGAGAGAUGGGAUGGAGUUCCAUUCAUUUUGAAGGCCGGUAAGGCUCUCAAUGAGCAGAAGACUGAGAUCAGAAUUCAAUUCAAGGAUGUCACCUCUGGUAUCUUCAAGGAUAUCCCACGGAACGAGCUUGUUAUGCGGAUUCAACCAAACGAAAGUGUCUACAUCAAGAUGAACUCGAAGCUGCCCGGUUUGAGCAUGCAAACUGUUGUCACCGAACUGGACCUGACCUACCGCCGCCGUUUCUCCGACCUCAAAAUUCCUGAAGCCUACGAAUCUCUAAUCCUCGAUGCACUUAAGGGUGAUCACUCUAACUUCGUUCGUGACGACGAGCUGGACGCCAGUUGGAGAAUAUUCACUCCGCUCCUCCACUACCUCGAUGAUAACAAGGAAAUCAUUCCCAUGGAAUACCCAUACGGAUCGCGUGGCCCUGCCGUUUUAGACGACUUCACUUCAUCUUACGGAUACAAAUUCAGCGAUGCCGCUGGCUACCAGUGGCCAACCACUCAAACACAACCAAACAAGUUGUAA